CCCUCCCUCCCCCACCCACCCACCGGCGGAGGAAGACGCCAUUGCGGAGUUGUUUGUGAAGCAGCAGCAGCAGGAGGCGGCGGCGGCGGCGGAGGAGGAGGAGGAGGGAGACAGCUGUGCUGCCGGCCGUGCUGAGGCUUUCUGGGGAGAGGGACUCUUUUGUGGUGAGCGGGAGGACCAUGUCCACUCCGGCCAGGAGGAGGCUCAUGCGGGACUUCAAGAGAUUACAAGAAGAUCCUCCUGUGGGUGUGAGUGGUGCACCGUCUGAGAACAAUAUAAUGCAAUGGAAUGCUGUUAUUUUUGGGCCCGAAGGUACUCCUUUUGAAGAUGGUACCUUUAAGUUAGUAAUAGAAUUUUCAGAAGAAUAUCCAAAUAAGCCUCCGACAGUUAGGUUUCUAUCAAAAAUGUUCCAUCCUAAUGUGUAUGCAGAUGGUAGCAUAUGUUUAGAUAUCCUUCAGAAUCGUUGGAGUCCAACAUAUGAUGUCUCGUCUAUUUUAACCUCAAUUCAGUCGCUGCUUGACGAACCCAAUCCAAAUAGUCCCGCCAACAGCCAGGCCGCACAACUUUAUCAGGAAAACAAGCGAGAGUAUGAAAAAAGAGUUUCCGCUAUUGUUGAACAAAGUUGGAACGAUUCAUAAGAAGCUGCUUCCUUCGUUAACUUUUGUCUUCAUAAUUAUCAUGUACAAUAUAACUUGCGAUAGGAAAUGCUACCAGAAUUUCUCAAGUGCCACAUUUGAUUUGCAUACAGAUGUGUCUGCAAAAAAAGCCCUUCAGUUUCAAAACUCUAAAACGCUUGUGUACCUUGAUUAAUGUACUUUUUAUUGCAUGUUAUGACUUAAGUUAUUGCUACAUAAAUUUGUAAUAUAUCCUGUUUGUAUUUUUUUCAAAGUGCAUAAUGUUGGUGUGAAGUUUUCAUGACAGAAUAUACAUAUUUUGUAAAUCUGUACUUUUUCAAAAUAUUGAAUGCCUUAUUUUUGAAUUCUUUAGAUUUUUAAAUUGGAAAAAGUCACUUACCAGAGUUUUAUAUAUAAAAUAUUUCAUGUAAAGCUGAAAUACAUAACCUCAGUGCAAGAGA